AUGGUAAAUGGACUACCGGGAGUCGACUUCAGGGUCCGACGGCCGCCUCAGGACAAGAGCACUGCCGGGAUCCCAAACCACGUUCUCUCCUCCAGAGGAUACUUCUUCGACAACCCUCGCCGGUACGACAGCGACGAUGACCUGGCCUGGAGCAUUCCUCCCCAGAAUAUGUCGGCGAGUCUUUCCUCCGACUGCUACGACUGGAGCAGCCGCCACAGCAGCUUCACUGUGCACACAGACGGCGACGAGCAGCGUGUGACCGCCGCCGGAGGAGGAGAACUCCACCCUUACCCGUGAUUCGUCUCUGUACAGCAUCACUCUCGCUUUGCCACCGAUUAGUGGUUUAUUGGUAGAGGUCUGUGGAGGUUAGGAAGUUCAACAGGGUCCUUACACAGAUUACAUCCAGGUUGUUAAAGCCUCCAGUGAUGGAGCAGAUAACAGUAAAUGUUUAGAGCUUUUGUUGCAUGUGGAUCAUGAUCUUUAACGACAAUGCAGUGACAAUCAUGCUGAUUGGCUGAGGGAGGCCGUGUGUUGUGGACAGAACUGACGUGUUGUCUGUAAAUGUUUUUGUAUAUUUUUUCAUAUUCGUCCAAAGUCCCACUGACCGAGCUCUAAACAUUUCCAUUUGUAGACGUGGAUGUCGCCGUAGGCUUCUAAAAACAAACUGAACAGCUGAAUAAGCAUCAGAAAGGACGCAGUCACCUCUGCCCAGAUGACGUGGGCUUCAUCAGCAGGUGGAGGCAGAACAAGCCUUGGAAUGGCUCAGAACUGUAGAAAGUCUGAGCCCCAACAUGGCAACUCAGUCUGUUGAGCAUCACAUGGUAACAGCCAGAGCGCGCACCGUGCGUGAACCCUCCAGGACAAUGUUGUGACAACGUGUCUAAAACAUCUGGGGAAAUGACUCAAGUAGUCAAAUACACAUGACACAAGUUUUUAAUGUUGGUGGAAAGAAUUAGUCCAACUUCAGCUGGUCAGCUGAUGCUCCACGUGACUGUGAUUCCUUUGAUCACUUUUCCAAGUGUUUCACAAGAUAUUUUAUUUUUAUUUACAUUAAACUGUAGUUUGUGUAAAUGUGCACCGAGCCCUUGUGUUAUAAUCAUGACUUAUAACAGAUGUGUGGUGCAGGAUGCUUCCGAAAUAGAAUCAUCAGGUUUUAUUUCUAAUGCAUCCGCAGCUGUCAGGUCAUCCAGGGGCUGAUUCGGCCUACGUCAUGUUCCAAAAGGUAAACAUUGGACUGGAGUCCAUGUUGUUUGUAACGUUUAUUAUUGUCUCAUAAUUACGACUUCUGGACAUUGGGAUCUUGUGGAGCAGAGAAGCGUCGGCGGCGCCUGAUUUACAUGCACGUUGAGGCUUCAUAUAUGAUGGAAUGGAUAUGAGGUUUAAUAAAGCCGUUUGAAAACGUGACAUGACCCACUAAACAUAAACUGGCUUGUGUGGACAGAAACAAAGUAUGACGUUACAGUGAGUCCGUGUUGGAUGCAACUUACGCGCCAUUUUUUGACGCGAUACUGAGGAAAUCCUAAAAAGGGAUGAUUCCCAGUUGGGUUGCGAAACGUCCCAGUUGUACUACAUGUCGUGGUACAAGAAGACAAUAAGCUGAGAUAUGAGAUAAUAAUACGAGAUAAGGCCUCCAGUCUCUCUUCCUAUCGUGAAUACAAGGUGCUUCUCUCUAAGGCCUCCUUCAUACUCGGUGCAAGAUGCAGAGACGCAGGUGAAACAGGUGUUUACUGCCGUGUCUUGGCAGGUGUGGUGCACAGCUCAUGCACCAGGGGGCAGCAAAGGUCCCCGGCCCGUGGUCCGAGUCAGGUCGGAGGAUUUGUCCAGUAGCUUCCACUGCAUUACAAAACGUUUCACUACGUAGGUUCACGUCAGACCUUUCUUCCAUAGAGUAUGAUUAAUUAAAUUAAUAAUAAUA